AUGCCACCCCCAAACCCAAAACCCACCCUCCUCACCAUCCCCCUCGAACUGCGCUACACCAUCUACGAAAUGAUCUUCUACCGAACAGUAGGCCCUCAGCCCCUACUGCACGUCUGCCGCCAGAUCCGAACAGAAGCACUCUCUAUCCUACUCCACUUCGUCCGCUUCUUCGACUCCCUGCACCACCUGUCGCAAUGGACCUCCAAGGGACCCCCCGAUCUGCUUCCCCUCGUACGCAUCCUCGACAUCAACUGUCUGGAAAGCUCCCUCGCGCCGUUCCGCGACUGGCAGCGACGUCUAAUCCCGGGUGUCGAGAUCCCGCACGACAGCUGGGAAGAAACCUACCUCUCUCGACUCCCGGGAAAGCUAUCAGCCCUGAGAGAUGGCAAGCCGAGCAUGAUGCAGAAGCUCAAGCACAGCGUCACCUCGACUAUGACGAUGAGUGCUCGCUCGUCCCGCGAACCAGUCACCACACUAGCCCACACCCUGACGAAGCUACCGGGCGUUCGAAACUUAAGCCUCACGUUCUCCGGCAUCUACAGCGUCGACGACAAAGACCCCCUUCUGCUCGAGCAGGGCCUGGUGCUCGAGAUGGGCGUGCGUCUGCUGCCUGGUCUGCGCGAGUUAGCGUUCCAGGCGGGCCCGGUGGAGCUGGGAUUUUUAGCGUAUGGGGCGAAUUUGCGCCGGCUGGAGUUCCCCGGGUAUGCGACGACGGGGCCGGCUGAGACGUUGAGGAUUUUGUCGAGCUUGCCGAGGCUGGAGGCGUUGGUGUUGAAGAGGCCACCGGCGUCGAAUGAUCUCGAUAAUGGGAUGGAAAGCCAGGGAGUGCAAAGGCGGGUUGCGGUGACCGGGGAGGUGGUGGAGGGGCUGAAGGGGCUGAAGGAGAUUGGGCUGGUGCAUUUUGCAGGGGAGUUGAAGUCGGAGUUUGUGACGGGGGGGAUGAUGAGGGCGAUUCGGGCGCAUGAGGAGACGCUGGAGGUGUUGCAUGUGGAUCAUGAUGGGGUGAUGGAUGAUGAGGCGGCGAGGGAGUUGCAGGCGGUGUUGCCGCGGUUGAGGAAAUUGAGGAAGAUUUAUUUGGACUUUGUGCUGUCGGAGGAUUUGGAGGGAGAUUACGAGGUGAAGGAGCUGAUUCCACCAAAUGUACAGAUUGUGAAAUUAAGGAUAGUCUAG